CGCGCGGCUGUUUUGAUGCUGUGUAGAUUUGUAGGCUGCCGUGUUAUCCUGCCUGUGUCUGUGGAGGAGUAUCAAGUGGGACAACUGUACUCUGUGGCAGAAGCCAGUAAAAAUGAAACUGGUGGAGGUGAAGGAGUGGAGGUGCUGGUGAAUGAACCCUAUGAAAGAGAUGGAGAGCGUGGGCAGUACACACACAAAAUCUACCACUUACAGAGCAAAGUGCCAACAUUUGUGAGAAUGCUGGCCCCCGAAGGAGCUCUGAAUAUCCAUGAAAAGGCAUGGAAUGCCUAUCCCUACUGCAGAACUGUUAUUACAAAUGAGUAUAUGAAGGAUGACUUCCUGAUCAAAAUUGAAACCUGGCAUAAAUCAGAUCUUGGAACGCAAGAGAAUGUUCAUAAACUGGAGCCAGAUGUAUGGAAGAAUGUAGAAGCUAUUUAUAUAGACAUUGCUGAUCGGAGUCAAGUGCUUCCCAAGGAUUACAAAGCAGAGGAAGAUCCAGCAAAAUUCAAAUCUGUCAAGACUGGACGUGGGCCUCUAGGUCCCAACUGGAAGAAGGACCUGGGGAAACAGACAGAUUGUCCAUACAUGUGUGCUUACAAACUGGUAACGGUCAAGUUCAAGUGGUGGGGUCUGCAAAAUAAAGUUGAGAACUUUAUACAGAAGCAAGAAAAGCGUCUCUUCACAAACUUCCAUCGGCAGCUCUUUUGCUGGCUUGAUAAGUGGGUUGAUCUGACCAUGGAGGACAUUCGUCGGAUGGAGGAGGAGACCAAGAGGCAGCUGGAUGAGAUGAGAGAAAAAGAUCCAGUGAAAGGAAUGACGGCUGCAGAUGACUAAUAUGACUUCUUCCUCAUGCACUUUUGCAAGACAGUCAACGGGAAGGCCUGGGGAAUCCACACUCUUGACUGACGGACCAUCUCCGGAUCAAGCCUUUCUAUAUCCAAUCGGCAGGCGAUUUUAAACCUCCCAUAGCUAAUUCUAGAUGCCCCUUAAUAUUGUGAGCAAAUAGACCGUCUGGUACUAAGCACUCCAACGUUAGCACGUACGAGAAGGAGGUAGCUCCUCGGAGACGUGUGACUUAGAGAUUGCUGUACUUACCACUCCUCCCUCCAUUUUUUUCAUUGUGUUCAGACCAAUUUCCAUGUGGCCCUGUUUGAUUUCCAAGUGACAUUUUUAGCUCAAAUAGUCUGGUGAUGUGGUGACUUAGAUUUUUUUUUGUUGUUUCUUUAUUUUUUUUUUCAAAAUGGGAUAAACUGCCACCUUUGUUCCUGCCCAGCCCUUCACCAUGCUUUCUAUGUCUGUUUGGAGAGGGAAACUGUCAGUAUUUUAGAGUGCAAAACUAUUCCACAAAAUGCUAUGCUCUGACCCUUGCUGCCAGGGUAUGAAAUUUAAUGGCAUGUAAUCUGAAUACGUAAUCAGGAGUAGCCAGAUAUAGUUCUUAGUCUGCGAAGAAUCGUGAUAUGUGGCUUCUGCACGGCAUUACUUUGUUCUGUCUUAGCCCCCAGGAAUUAAAGACUACACAGAAGCUGCAUUCAGCGUCCCUACGCUGGGCCUUCAGCACAUAACUGUUGAGUUUCAGUUCAGCGGUACAUGGUCCCGCUGGUGCCGGUGGCUAUGCUGUCCCUCAGCUCAGUGUGUCGGUCUACAAAACCAUUAUGAAAAGCUGCUUGACACAUGUCGCAACUUCCUGGAUCUUUAUGUGCUAAGGCUUCCCGUCACUCACAAAACUAAACAUUAUCUUGAUUAAUAAUAACGGGAUUCUCCCUGGACCAAUCGGGAUGUAGCAAAAGCUGGUGUACAAGCGAAGUCUUGGCAUCUGGUUACCUCCAGGUGCCUGGGUUGGCGGUUCUGCUGAGCAAUAAUAUCCUUCCCAUUGCAAGACUGACUAAAAUAUCUCCUUUUGUGCUAUAAAAAAAGCAACUUAUAAAGAUGCACAGUCAUUUUCUAGGCUAUCUGUCAAUUAUUAUAAAUUACAAAGGAUGCUGUAAAGAACUCUGGUUAUUUAACGAACUCAAAUACUUACUGUAACUAUCCAUAUGUUGAUAUCAGCUUUAGACAAUCAAAUAAGCAGAAUAGAAUCAAAGAAAUGCUGCUUUAUUAAAUACAUAUGAGAAAAAAACAAUUCCUUUGCUUAUGCCUAAGGCCCAACGUUUGAUUUUUCUCUUUUUUUCCCUGGUAGUAAUCCAUUUCUUUUCCACCACUGUAUUUGCCGGCACUAACACGGAGUACUGAAUGCCAAACACAGUCGUGGGGGUAUCGCCACUUCAAGGAGUCUUUGGCAUUCCAUAAUACAUCCGACUCCUCCAGCCCCUCGCAUACCUGCGAGCAGGAGAUCCUGAAGCAAUCCCAUGCCAUGCUGAACAAGCGUGCGCUGGGAUCCCAACUGUGUUCAGGGCGAGGGAAGAUGGUGCAUGCUCUGGAGGGAGAGGAUGGCGUUUGGUUUCUGGGGAGGGGGCAGUUUAUCCCUUUAUUUUUAGUUUGUUAUUUUGCCUUACUCAUGUCGAAGUGCAAUAAGCUCUGAAUUGUACCAGUAACUCUGGCAGGCUCUUCUCAGUGACCUCAGACGGUUUGGUGGGGUGGGGUUUGAGGGAUUUUUAGCAAUCUCACCAGGCAGAAGUGAAACAAAUUUAUUGUAAAAUAGGCAAAGAAACUGAAUUUUAAUCUGCGAGGCUAUUUGGGACCAGGAUGUUUUGUGGCAUCUUCUAUAGCUGUUCAAGAAGUAUUCUAGGAGCGUAGGCCCCACUUAGAGUCCUUUCAGUUUAAAGUAUUUUUAACCGAGAAUUGAUGCACUGACUUCCGUUCCUGUUUGUUGGUUACGUCCUGAGGGAUUCUUACACUUGAGGACAACCUGAGAACACACAUAGCACACUUGUUCCUUCGGUUUGUGUUACCCAAGAGGCUUUCUAUCCGAUGACACUAAUCGCUAUGGAAGCAGAUUGUAACAUUCCACCAUGCAAUCCUUUUUUGAUCCUCUGAUUUCAGAGUAAGAGCUUUUACACAAAGCUUUCCUGAUUAGUGGAAAAACUGGGGAGGGAGGGAGGAAUGCAGGAACUCCAACCUGAAUCCUCCCCCCACAGCUCCUUGCUUUCUUUCCUUCAGAUGUAAUCCAGAGUGAAAGCAUCCCUCAGCUUUGGGAUAGACAAAUCCUGUAACACCCUUCCAGUCGCGAUGCUUGGUUCCCGCUAGCAAGCGUAGCAAAGAGCGCGCGGAUUACCCUGCUGUAUCUCAUCAGCUUUGGCGAGACCCCCGACCCUGCCGGCUGCAGAGGGGUCACCGCUGGCUCUUGGUCCACGGUUGGGCCGUGACACCCUCCCUGCUCCGCACUGGGUGGGUUUCAGAGGUCCGGCGGCAGGUAUCCCCCGCAGCGCGGGCCAGGCGGGGUGCUGGCCCCCCCACUCCUGCACCCCUCCGGGUUCGUCCCCGCUGGGCACCCCGACUCCUCCUGAUGGGUUCAUCGUGCUCCCCCCUUCGGCGACACACACUUUGUAGAAUGGGUUAGAUUAUCUUGUUGUUUCUUUAAAUGUGAGUUUGUGCCUUUUUUUGUCUCCUAAAAUCUUCCAAUACAGGCAUAUUGGAAAUGGAAUCUAAUAAAAUCCUAGA